GAGUGGUGGCGGUGUUCAGCUGGUCCUCCUGACUGGAUGGCGCGGCGGUGACUUGGCGUCGUUUCCUCGGGAUUGCGCGCGUGCGUGCGUGAGAGCGUGCGUGCGUUUUCGGGACUCGGCGGAGUGGAGCAGCGCGUGAAGGAGAUCAGAGGAGGGUUUUUUCCCCCCCACUGAUAAUAAUAAUUUUAAUAAUAAUAAUAAUAAUAAUAAUAAUAAUAAUAAUCUGCUGGAGAGGAAGAACAAAACAAAUCCCAGAGCACGGACACCGAGGAGAGGGAGGAAGGACGAGAAAUCUAUUCCGCGUACCGCCUUUAGGAGAUGGGCGUCGUGUUUCUGGCCACAAGCGAGAGGUUGGAAGUGCGACUUGACUCUCCACUGAGACUCCGCGCUCAUCACCCAUGAGCUCCCUGUCGUGAACUCAGCACGCUGCAGCCAUGUUCAGGAACAGCUUGAAGGCGCUGCUCAGCGGCGGAAAGUCCAACCGCAAGAACCGGAACAGCGGUGGGGCCCCAGGGGAUGGUGAGUGUGUGUUUGAGGGUGACUACGCUGUGCCUCCUCUCCCGGUGACUGAGGGAAUGCAGCACAUCCGCAUCAUGGAGGGAGUGUCUCGCUCUCUGCCCUCCUCACCGCUCCUCUCUCACCAGGCCCUCAGCAUGAGACUACAGCCACUCAAGAGACUCCCGGGAGAGGACAGUCAAGAUCUGGGUCCCCCGCCGUCAGUGGACGAGGCCGCUAACACCCUGAUGACGCGACUCGGGUUCUUGCUCGGGGACAAAAUGGCCGACGGGUCCGACAGAUCCGCGUACGGCUUCGAGGAACCGGAAGAAAGUCAGGCUGUCUCCAUGACCCAGAGAAUCAGUCCGUGUUCCAGCCUGGCAAGCAGCUCGGCGUCGCCCCCUCCUGGCAGCCCCUGCUCCACACUUCCCACCGGUGGUCCGGGCAGCGCCGGUGCCUACGGCUCCAUCACGAGCCCCACGUCCACGCUGGAGAGCAGAGACAGUGGCAUCAUCGCCACCCUGACUAGUUACUCGGAGAACGCGGAUCGGGGCGGGAAGCACAGCGACGGCUCACGCCUCAAACUGCGGCAGACGGGGAAAUCUUCCGGCGGCGACUCCUUCCUGUACCGCGUGGACGAGAACAUGGCCGCCUCCACGUACAGCCUCAACAAGAUCCCAGAGAGAAGUCUAGAGCACUCCGCCUCGCACUCCGCCCACUCCAUCCCCCUCUACCUCAUGCCCCGCCCAAACUCCGUGGCCGCUACGAGUUCUGCUCACCUGGAGGACUUGGCGUAUCUGGAUGAGCAGCGCCAGGCUCCGUUACGGACGUCCCUGCGAAUGCCGCGGCAGAACUCAGGCGCCGGACGAUCCGGGAAUGACCUAAGAGCCUGCACUAGCAUCCCAGCCUGGCAGUCUAACUCAUUGCGGUUCGCACCGUACCGCGCGCCGGACAUCGCCCUGAAGCCGCUGCUGUUCGAGGUGCCCAGUGUGACGCCUGAUUCCGUGUUCACGGGACGGGAGUGGCUGUUCCAGGAAGUGGACGCUCAGCUGCGUGGAGGUGACGCCAGCAGUCGGGGCGUGGUCAUCGUGGGCAACGUGGGUUUCGGCAAAACCGCCAUCAUCUCCCGCCUGGUGGCUCUGAGCUGCCACGGCAACCGCAUGAGACAGAUCGCCUCAGAGAGCCCGCACGCCUCGCCCAAACACGGAGACACGCUGCUCCUCAGUCAGCCCCAGUCAGCUCACGGGACGCUGGUAGGGGGCAGCAGUUGCCCCGGGACUCCUGAGAUGAGGCGACGGCAGGAGGAGGCGCUCAGGAGACUCGCCUCUCAGGUGGUGGCGUAUCACUACUGCCAGGCGGAUAACGCGUACACGUGUCUGGUGCCGGAGUUCGUACACAACAUCGCGGCGUUGCUGUGUCGAGCCCCUCAGCUGCAGGCGUACAGAGAGCUCCUGCUGCGACAGCCGCACCUACAGAGCCUCCUCAGCCUGCGCUCCUGCGUCCAGGAACCGAUCACGGCCUUCAGCCGCGGCCUGCUCGAACCGCUGCACGCGCUGCACAGGGAGCGUAAGGUGGCAUGCGACGAAGACCUGAUCGUCCUGAUCGACGGCCUGAACGAAGCCGAGUUCCACAAACCGGAUUACGGCGACACGAUCGUCUCCUUCCUGUGUAAAACCAUCGAGCGUUUCCCUCCGUGGCUUAAACUGGUGGUGACGGUCAGGACUUCGCUACAGGACGUCACUCGGCCGCUGCCGUUCCACCGGAUCUCUCUGGACCGUCUGGACGAGAGCGACGCCAUCGAUUCGGACCUGCAGGGUUACAUCCUGCACCGCCUGCACUCCAGCCAGGAGAUCCAAAACAACGUGGCGCUGAACGGGAAGCUGGACAACGCUGCCUUCGCCAAACUCAGCGCUCACCUGAAAGGCCUGAGCCGCGGCUCGUACCUGUACCUGAAGCUGACGCUCGACCUGAUCGAAAAGGGCUACCUGGUCCUAAAGAGCUCCAGCUAUAAGGUGGUGCCGGUGAGCCUGGCCGAGGUGUACCUGCUGCUGCUGAACAUGCGUUUCCCCACGCAGUCAUCGUUCGAGCGAGUGCUGCCGCUGCUCAACGUGGCCGUGGCGUCCCUGCACCCGCUGACGGACGAGCAGGCGUUGGGGGCGGUGAACGCGGGGGUCGUACGCGGCGCGGCGCUCCACUGGGACGACUUCCAGCAGCGCGCCGAGCUCCUCGCACCCUUCCUCACAAAGAGGAGGGACGGCACGCGCAUGUUCGUCCACGCCUCUUUCAGAGAGUGGCUCAUCUGGAGAGAGGACGGAGAGAAGACCAAGUUCCUCUGUGACCCCAGGAGCGGUCACACACUGCUAGCCUUCUGGUUCUCGCGGCAGGACGGCAAACUGAAUCGUCAGCAAAGCAUCGAGCUCGGCCACCACAUUCUCAAAGCACACAUCUUCAAGGGUCUGAGUAAGAGGGUCGGGGUUUCCUCGUCUGUGCUGCAGGGGCUGUGGGUGUCAUACAGUACAGAGGGUCUGUCUGCUGCUCUCGCAUCCCUGCGCAACCUCUACACCCCCAACAUCAAGGUCUCUCGUUUGCUCAUUCUGGGCGGAGCCAACGUGAACUAUCGUACGGAGGUGUUGAACAACGCUCCGGUUCUGUGUGUGUAUGCACACCUGGGUUAUGUGGAGAUGGUGAUGCUGUUGCUGGAGUUUGGCGCUGACGUUAACGGAGCAUCGGAGAGCGGCCUCACACCUCUGGGCUACGCAGCCGCCGCCGGUCACCUGACCAUCAUCACCACCCUCUGCUCAAAGAACGCACAGGUGGACCAUGUGGACAGGAACGGUCAGUGUCCCCUGGUGCACGCAGCUCUGAGAGGACACCUGGAGGUGGUGAAGUUCCUGCUGGAGUGUGAGUGGAACUCUGAGGUGGCGUUCAGCAAAACACACGCUGUACAGCAGGCUCUUAUAGCAGCAGCUAGCAUGGGUUAUACUGAGAUUGCUUCAUACCUGCUGGACCUUCCAGAGAAAGACGAGGAUGAGGAGGAGCGCCCUCACAUCAACAGCUUCGACACACUGUGGGGGGAAACAGCUCUGACUGCAGCAGCAGGCAGAGGGAAGUUGGAUGUGUGUAGGUUGUUGUUGGAGCAGGGAGCCGCCGUGUCUCAGCCUAACCGCCGUGGCAUCGUGCCGCUGUUCAGCGCCGUCCGUCAGGGCCACUGGCAGAUUGUGGAGCUGCUUCAGAAUCACGGCGCCGAUGUGAACAUGGCAGAUAAACAGGGCCGCACUCCUCUGAUGGUGGCCGCAUCUGAGGGUCACCUGGCCACGGCAGAGUUCCUGCUGGAGCAGGGUGCUUCAUUGGCUCUGAUGGAUAAAGAGGGGCUCACGGCACUGAGCUGGGCGUGUCUGAAAGGCCACCUCCCAUUGGUCCGCACGUUGGUGGAGAGAGGAGCGGAGACGGCUCACGCCGACAAGAGCGGCCGUACGCCGCUGGACCUCGCCGCGUUCUACGGAGACUCGGAAGUGGUACAGUUCCUGGUGGAGCACGGCGCCAUGAUCGAGCAUGUCGACUACAGCGGCAUGAGGCCUCUGGACCGAGCCGUGGGCUGCAGGAACACAUCGGUGGUGGUGGCCCUGCUGAAGAAGGGUGCCAAGAUAGGUCCAGCAACGUGGGCCAUGGCCACCUCCAAGCCAGACAUCAUGAUAGUCCUCCUGAGCAAGCUGAUUGAGGAAGGAGAUGGAUUCUACAAGAAGGGAAAGGUGAAGGAGGCAGCCCAGCGCUAUCAGUACGCGCUGAAGAAGUUCCCUCGCGAAGGUUUCACAGAGGACCUGAAGAGUUUCCGCGAGCUUAAAGUCUCCCUGCUGCUCAACCUGUCCCGUUGCCGCCGCAAAAUGAACGACUUUGGCAUGGCGGAGGAGUUUGCCUCCAGAGCUCUAGAGUUGAAACCCAAAUCCUAUGAGGCCUUUUACGCACGAGCCCGCGCCAAACGCAGCAGCAGGCAGUUCCACGCAGCCCUGGAGGACCUGAGUGAAGCCAUACGCCUGUGUCCCAAUAACCGCGAGAUCCAGCGUCUGCUGCAGCGUGUGGAGGAGGAGUGUCGCCAAGUCGCUGAGCAACAGCAGCUGGAUCCGCCUCCUUCCCCUCCUCAUGAGCAAGCCCCGCCAAUGGCGCCGCAUCCUCCUCCGCUGGAGCCCCGCCUGUCUGACAUGGAGCCAGUGCAGGACCUGUUUGAAGAGGAGGAAGAUUACCUGGAGCAGGACUUGGAUGGUCUUCCACUAGCUGUGACUGCCGAGCCACGUUCCAGUCCUUCAGGUCUGCCUGUCAUUCAGAACAUGCCACCUUCCCCAAGCCACUUGCCCUACCUUUCUGGAAGUGUAUCCAUGGGCCAGGCCUACGAUCUGCGACCCAGUCCUCCUUCCAUGUCCUCGCCGACCCGCCAGGGUUACCAGUCCACCUCUCCGUCGCUCUCUCCAACUCACCAGACCUCCCACUAUCGUCCAAGCCCCCCUCACACCUCCCCGGCCCAUCAAGCUUCCUCUUCUUCCUCCUCCUCAUCCUACCACUUCAGCCCCCCUCCCUCACCUUUACGUCGUGGAGCCUACACCUCCGAGAAUGCAGCCAUCUACAGACCACAGUCUGCCUCUGUCAGCACAAACCGCUAUCAACAAGAGGCGCUUUCCGGCAGGCCCAAAUCGCCGCUGGCUAAAAUGGGCAGCCAACGCUCACUGCAGCAGCAAACCCAGUGGCUGCAGCCAGCCAAGGCCCAGAUCGUCCGCACAAAUCAGACCAGUGGCUCGGUCCACUCCAGCACUUACUCUCACGUGGCCCAGUCCAUGAGGGGACACGUUCCUGGGGAUGUUGACGAGCUUGGGGAGGUGGCCUACUCAAGCCCACUGCAAAUUCAGGGCAGUGUGUACAUAGAAGAUGAGCUCCCUCAGAGGCCCUCACAUGCAUACAGGCCCAGCAUCGCAGGCCCUCGUUAUGGUCACAUUCCACCGCAGAUCAGCCGCAGCCAGUCAGCUGCUUAUUAUCCUGUGCAGCCACAUGAAAUUGAGCGCCAGCCUCAGUUAUCAUCACCCGAGCACCCUCACGGUCUCCGGCGCCCACUAAGUGCCACUGGCCCUACACCACGGCCACUCAUCCACUCUCAGAGCACUGGCCUGCGCUUCUCACCCUCCAGCAGCAGUCUGGCAGCAGGAUCCACCUCUAACUUAGGUCCAGGCUUCCGGCCCUCGGCUUCAGCACAACAAAUGGAGAUCCCACUGAAGCUGGCGUACGAGGGUGGAUACAGCGAUGACCUGUCACCAGUUUCUCCACCACAAGGCACUGAUAUGCGACUUUUAGGGGGGACAUACCCAGGCGAGGCUAUGCGGGCACGCAGCACACCCUUCAUGGGUAUCAUAGACAAGACAGCGCGGACUCAACAGUUUCUUCAGCAACCUUCGUCCUCUUCCUCUUCAUCGCGCACUUGGGCCGUGUCGUCUUUAGACACUGUGGUCUCCAGCCCUGCCACGUCACCUGGCAACAUGACCUAUGGGCACCUUGCCUACUACAAUCGCACCAACAACGCCCACAACGGACACCUAGUGGAGGACGACUACUAUCGGCCAGAUAACGCAGGCCGGGUGAGUCAGGGACCUACGUACCCAGACGUUAAGGUGGCGCGAACGCUGCCGGUCUCACAGGCCUAUCAGGACAGUGACUACAGACAGGUGGGACAUGGGGAGCGCCAAGGCCCUUCCUCUCCUAUCAAACCAAAGAGGCCCUUUGUUGAGUCCAAUGUUUGAGGCACACCUUGUAAAUAUGGACAAGGACUCAUGUGGUUUUCCCCCUCACUUUGAUGUAAUCCCAUCUUAAAACUGAAUAUAUGGACCUGAAUGAAGAUGUUGUAGAAAGCAUCUGCUUUGGGAUCAGGAUCCACGCAGGACGCUUCAGGAGCCACAAUUGGAGUGGGCCACCAUAACUGCUGUAUGCUAGCUAGAGAUGCGGCAAUACGGGAUAAUAGUAGGGAUGAUAGAUGAUACAGAUAGUCUGACCCCAUGUGAUUUUCAGACAAGGGACAUUUCAUCAGUGGUCACCUUAGGCUUUGUUAUUUAGGCAGAGUACUACAGAGCAUAAUGGGUCCAAUAUGCAGGACUUGUGCAAACACAUGUGGCGAUUUAACCCUAAAAUUGCAUCGGUAUAAAUUGCGAUAUGUAGGAAGUGGUGGAAGAGAGCUUUUCAACAGCCAGCAUUUACUCCUGACACACCAAGCUAUCCGUUGCCCUUAGUUUUUACUGCAUUUCACACACAGUUAGCGCUAGCCGACUGAUUAAAUGCCUCCGCAUACUUCACGGGGAGACAACAUUUGGCUGGCUGCUACAAGAAAAUGUGGCGUAACUGCACAUGGCAAACAAACAGUGCUCGUUGUGUCGUGCACAUGGCAGCUGGGCAAACUGCACGGACAAACACGCUACGCUCGCUACAAACGAGGCGUGGCCAAACUAAUUCCUCACAAGAUGGAUGAAUUUGAAGAGCAGCCUUCUUUGUACUGUAGUCAGAUAAAUCGCCACGAAAUUUUAAUAGCGCCCCCUGCAGUACUGGAAGUCUUGAAAAACGACAGAGACCGUGCGAGCUUGUAAGCAGGCUUUACGCAAACCUCCAAAUUAUGUACGCUGCGGUUUUAAGUGUUGAAUAAUGGUCGGCGAGCCGGAGAAAGCUGUUUGAUUGGCUGCUCAGCCGAGAAAAUUGUUAAAGGGAAAGAAAGAAUUGUUCUGUUUUUUUUAAAAAAUCUGCUCUACCCACGUUUGCACCAAAGAAACAAAGCAAGAUCAUUUAACCAGGUUUAAGGCGAUGUCAAAAUGAUAGCUAGGCUAGUGUGUUAGGUUAAAUAAAAUUCAUACUCCUGGACUAAAUACUGUAGUAGGGCAUGACCGUAUAUAGGUACUUAUUCUGGUACAACAUACAUGGAAUUCCAGGCUUCAUCUUCUUCUGGCUUCACUGGAAAUUUGAAUACAGACUAUCGCCCCCUGCUGAUAAGAAAAGCUAUUUUGGCUGUCCAAGUGUGUUCGCGAGAUUUUUUGACAAUUGCUUGGUAUGUCAGGGUCCUAAGUCCGAAUGUUUUGCAAGGCCUUAGUGAUGCCUCCUGCCUACAUAAUGCAUUACAACAUUUUCACACUGUGUCGAGUGCACAAUUUGUCCAAAAUCCCGCACCUUAGGAGAGCAGUCUAAAUUUCGUUCCCCUCGUACCUCUAGGGGAAUUGUUCGAACGAGCCGUUAUGCUUCCAGGCUCUGUCCUUGACCUGAAGCUUUCCUGAAGCCUCUUCUGUAUAUAUGGCUGUAAAAGGUGAUCCCAAAUCAACGUGUACAUAUCUAAAGUAAGGGCAGGAAAUAGGGAAUAUUUAUCAAUUUAAGUUAUGUUUGUACAAAAUUAUAUAUAUAUAUAUAUAUACAUAUAUAUACAUACUUUAUUUUGCUCUUGGUGCCGUCGUGCUCCGCUUUCUUCUUCCUGAUACGUCAGUAAUGUGAAUUUUUAUUAUUAUUUUUCUUAUCUGCUUUAAGGGCCAUUCCCUCGAUGGUUUAAAAUGCUGUGCUGUGGUUUCCGGACUUCAGGAGGUGCCGCAACGUUCAGGAGCGUGAUCUCAAACGUACAAACAGAAACGUUAUUAGCGCGCGAAAGAUUUUUUUUAUUAUUGUUAUUUGGGAGAGGACAAGGUCGCUUCUGUUCGAAAGGAGAGGAUUCUUUAGAGUUUUACACGCUUUUCCAGAUCUCUCACGUAAUUUCUCACGCUUUCACAAAAAGGUUAUUCAUCCUCUCGCGUUGUAUUUAUUUCCUUAUUUUUAAAAAAAAAAAAAUUUCUUCUUUUUUAAAGAGAUUUUUAACCAUUUGGAAGGGUUUCCAUUAAAACACUUGAUUACGCUGUGUGUUCAAUCAUCUUUCUGUUUCCCCUUCUUUCCUUUCAGCACCGUUUCCCUUUGUACGCUCACAGGACGGGAGUCUUCGUGUCCUCUGUUUUAGCCAAUCAUUUUCGACUGCUGUUGAAAAAAAAAAAAAAAAAAAAAAAAAGGUGUUUGUUUUUUCUCUCUAAUGUGCUGAAAACCCUUUUUUUUUUUUAAGGUUGACGUGUAAAUGAUUGUACAAAUUAUGCUUAAUUAGAAUGCAUGCUCUUUGCUGAUGCACACAUUAACGUGUGUGUGUGUGUGUGUGUGUGAGUUUUCAUAUAUAUAUAUAUAUAUAUAUAUAUAUAUAUAUAUAUAUAUAUAUAUAUAUAUAUAUAUAUAUAUAUAUCAAAUAGAAAGCGAGGGAAGGACUGUGCUUCAAUCAUUUCCCUGAUUCCCACAUUUUUUUCCCCACACAGUUUUUUGCGUUGUUUUUUUUUUGUUUGUUUGUUUUUGUUUUUCUAAUUUUAUUUCAAUUUUAUAAUGUUUCAGUUGUAUUUUGUCUGAAAUCUAGGCUUUGCUAUUAGCGGAAUUCUCUGUACAUGGGUUUUUAAGUUGGAGUAAAAGCAGAGAGAGAAAAGAAGAAGAAGAAAAAAAAACGCUUUCAGAAACAUGAAUGCAUUUUUAAUCCUGUUCCACGAUUGUAAACUGUACAAUCAACUGUAUGUAAAGGAGAAAAUAAUGUACUAAUUUAAGAAUUCAAAGAAACUCCCUCGGGGGGAAACGA